GAAUGCUUUAUAAUAAGUGUUUAUGGAGGUGCUGAAUUCAAUUAAGACACGAUUAGCAGGUAAGAAUGACACAUCUUGCAUCUGGUGUUUAGGAGCAGGAAGUGGUCCUUCUGAGAGCCACCCAAAAACGCCCGUGGUACAUUGGUCCAAGGGAGAUAAUGGUACUCCUUCACCAGCCAAGCGAAAAUCUGAUACGCAAUUGAUGAAUCAGCCUGCUGAGAAGAAAUUAGAGAAAGCUGUUGAGUCUCCUUACCACCUGCAAGCCUAUGUCGCUGAGAGAAAGGGCGAGAGAGAGGAAAUGCAGGAUGCUUAUGUUAUCAUUGAAAACUAUCGACUUGACGUAUCUCCCGAUGCAUCCAUUCAACAGAUGGCGUACUAUGCAGUGUUUGAUGGUCACGCGGGAGCGAGAGCUUCACAGUAUUCAGCUAGGCAUCUGCACAGCAACUUGGCUGAGAAAUUGCAAUGUACCAACGUCCAAGCAGUUGAGAAGGAGAUUAAGCGCAUAUUUAUUGACACAUUCAAGAAAACAGACGAAGACUUCCUGAAAGAAGCCAGCAGAAACAAGCCAGCUUGGAAAGAUGGCACGACUGCUGUGUGUGUGCUACUCAUUAACGAGACACUCUAUAUUGCCAACCUUGGUGACAGCAAGGCCGUGUUGUGCAGGAAUGACAAGCCUCUUCCGCUAACAGUGGAUCACAACCCAACGCAGUACGACGAACGCAUACGAAUACAGAAAGCUGGAGGUCAGGUCAGGGAUGGCAGAGUUCUAGGCAUUCUUGAAGUUUCCCGGUCAAUUGGAGAUGGCCCCUAUAAGUCAAGUGGUGUUAUUUGUAUUCCUGAUGUGAAGCGAUGCAAGCUUACUGAUGAGGAUAGGUUUAUUAUCGUUGCGUGCGAUGGUCUUUGGAAGGCAUUCAGUCCAGAGGGCGCUAUAAAAACAGUCAUCGAAGUCAUUCAGGAUGAUUUGAUCACCGCGGCUGAGGGUAAAACACUGGAGCAGACAAGAUUCGAGGCUGCGUGCAAUAAACUUGCAGCAGAUUCUGUUCGAAGGGGCUGUGGCGACAACGUCACUGUGAUUCUCAUAAAGAUUGGAACGCACUGACAAAUCUUUUGCAACCGUUUGUAGGGCAGCAUUUUUUCCUUGCGUGGUCUUCACUUAAUGAAAAACCUUGUACUCUCACCACGUGGACAGAUACCAUUUGCAGAUGUACAAUUUCAUUGGUAGUUUACUCGCGUUUAUGUCAAUACCAUUACCGUACAUACUCAUAAAUCUCAUUUGUCUUUCAUGGAUUAGUCUCAUUUGCCAUAACAGUUUUAUCUUAAAACCCCUAUAACCAUCACCUAAUAGUGAAUGCUGUGAACCUUGAUCGAAAAUAGAAUAGAGAUAUAUUUAAGGUUAUCGGUGUACCACUGUAAUUAUAGGUAACGAGUGAGGUAAAUCGAGUCAAGUCACAGGCAACCAGUGUGAUGUGUUAACUUAUGGUGAAGUAUGAAAUAUUUUUCCAUAAUUUUUACUUUGCUAUUAUUUCCAUGGAGGAAGAGUUCUGCCCGUCCUAUAUUUUAUAAUACAUGGAACCUGUUGUGUACUUAUAAUUAAUAUCUGUUUGAUAUAACUGAUUACUAUUUUUUGAGAAAAGUAGUAUAUGAAAUAUGGGAUUCGAAUUUGUAUGUUAGAAAUUUUCUUGUUUUGUUUUGUCUUUUCCUAAUUAGUUGCCAUGUUUAUUUUCAUGUAUAUACUGUACAUAGCCUGUAAGACUAUUAUGUAAGGUAGGAGUCAGGUCAACACAAGGUGAAACGCAUGUGACCCAGGAGGAACUCACCCAAGAGUUAGACUGAACCAAACAGAUAAAUGAAUUGUGCCUAGUAUACUAAAUUGCUCUUUCAGUGUGGGAACUUAUUCGAGAAUUUUCAAGGCUUUCCUUGAAAGUUAAUGAUGGUGGUGAGACAACAACUGAUUGUAUUAUUAAAUUCCAGUCAUGAGCGGUUCUGGGGAGAGUAGCUAUCUUUUAAGCUAUCCCUGUGAAUGUAUAUUUGCUCCAUAUGUAAUUGAAUUGCCAUUACUUGGCCCACUAAAUUUGUUUUGUCGAAUUCAACAUCUUUGGCGCAUGUCGAAAAUAUAACGUGUUUGAAAUAAUUGUCUAUGAACCAACAAGUUGUUUGAUAUACAGUUAGCACGCGCGAACCUAUAGAAUUGGAUUUGUAUAUUAAUUAUUGUAAGCGACAAGCAAGUGUUUACUGUUUGAAGGUGUGGUGGCACCGUUGGCGCAUAACCUGACAUGUCGUGUCACCUACUGUCUAAACAAGUUCCUGGAAUUUUUGCAGUGUAAAAAAGUGAGGAACAAGUCUCGUUGCAUGUAAUAUUGUAGGGGAAUGCAUUCCACUUGGUGGAAAUUACAUUGAAGAUGGUCAAAAGGUUAGUGAGCUCAGCUCGGUGGUUUUCAGGAUGGUUCAGUCCAGGAUGCGCCUCUAUAACCAUACAUAGUUUGCGUAAAGAUCUGUCUAUUAAAUACACAGUACAGACA